AUGUCUCACCCUCUCGACCCCCUCGCCCCGAAUGAGCUGCGCAAGGCAGCUCAAAUCUUGCGAGCGCGUUACGACCUCUUGGAACCCCCCAAAGCCUCACUCCUGGCGUAUCUGAAUGCUCGUACGCGGGGCUCACCAGCCCCUCCACGGAAAGUCUACAUCUACUACCAUCAGCAAGGGCAAGCGACGCUGUGCAAGGCCAAAGUCAAUGUAUCCGAGGGCACUGUAGAAGAAGACCGCCAGUGUCCUGGAGUUCAAGGGCCUGCAGACCCUGAAGAAUUCGAGCGCGUUCACAAGGUUUGCAAUGAGCAUCCGCUGGUUCGUGCCGAGGUGAAGAAGCUCAAACUACCCGAGGGGGCUUCGGUGGUCAAUGACCCUUGGCUGUACGGGACCGACAGCCCCGUUGAAGCGAACCACUACUCCCUCCCCAUGUCAUUUGCCCCCAUCUUCGACGCUCAUACCGCCGAAUUAGUAGAGAUCGAAACGCUGCCACGAGGAGCGGGAGCGGAGUCCGAUCAGGAGACCGUGCCUUGGGACGCCGUGGAGCCAGUCGAGUACAGUGAGCGCCUCUUAGGCAAGCCCUAUUUCCGCCAAAACCUGAAGCCGUUCCACGUCGAGCAACCGGAGGGCCCAUCGUUUCGUAUCGAUGGACGCCAGACCACCUGGCAGAAAUGGUCAUUCCACCUGGGAUGGACGGUGCGCGAGGGCCCCGUGCUCCACCACGUCCUCUACGACGGUCGGUCGCUCUUCCAUCGGGUCUCCAUGAGCGAGAUGACCGUCCCGUACGGCGACCCGCGGGCCCCACUCGGCUUCGGCCUGACCUCCAACACCCUGACCCUGGGCUGCGACUGUCUGGGCCACAUCGCCUAUUUCGACGGGAUCCGCACGACGAGGACCGGCGAGCCCGUCGAGCUGAAGAACGUGAUCUGCAUGCACGAGGUGGACGAGGGGAUUGGCUGGAAGCACACCAACGUCUGCAACGGACAGGCGUCGAUGGUGCGCAACCGCACCCUCGUCAUCCAGUGCACGGCCACCGUGAUUAAUUACGAGUACAUCCUUGCCUUCGUGCCGGACCAAGCCGCCAACCUCCAUGUGGAGGUCAGAGCGACGGGCAUCAUGUCCACCAUGCCCAUUGCUCGUCAUACCUACUCGCCCUGGGGCACCGUUGUGGCCCCCGGCGUGCUGGUCGUCAACCAUCGACAUCUCUUCAGCCUGCGGAUUGAUCCCGCUCUUAAUGGCACCCGCAACACGGUCGUCUACGACGAUAUCCUCCCCGUCCGUGAUGACCCAACCGUCGACGAUCCGCAAGGCUGCGCGUUCCGCAGAACAACCACCGCGAUCACGCAGCCCGGAGGCUACGACCUCAAUCUCGCCGCCUCCCGAACGUACCGCAUCAUCAACGCCAAGCGCACCAACGUCAUCUCUGGCGAACCAGUGGGGUACAGGCUGCACGCGUCCCCGAGCCAGAUGCUCCUGAUGGGCCCGGAGACCUUCAACUGCCGCCGGGGACAGUUCACGACCAAGCCGAUCUGGGUCACGGACUACCGAGACGAGGAGCUCUACGCGGCUGGGGAGUUCACCAACCAGAGCACGAACGACACCGGGCUGGGGGUGUGGAGUCAACGCCAGCAGUCCGUGGAGAACCGGGAUUUCGUGCUCUGGCACACGUUUGGCAGCACGCACGUCACCCGUCCAGAAGACGUUGUCGUCUCGCUCAAGCCGACGAGCUUCUUCGAGCUUAACCCGUCCAACGAUGUUCCGCGUUCGAAUCAGAGCCUGAGUCGGUCGACGCUCGUUGAGCAUGACAAGGUGGCAUCGGAGUCUUGUGACGGAGAGUGUGCUCUGUAG